UCGUUGGGGUCGUUGCUUCCACAGAAACACACGGUUACACUUCACAGAAAUAAAAAGAGAAUGAGAGUUGAGAGUUGAGAGUUGAGAGUUGAGAGUGAAGACCUCCACAGUUUGCGACUAUGGCCUUCUCAAUAUCAAAUUUACUUCCAAAUCAUUCAAUUCCUCAUCUUCGUCCUCAAUUUACGCAAUCUCGCCCUCCUUCCAUUUUCUACCCUUCCCAUUCCCGUUCCCGCCUUCCAAUUCAAGCUAGUUCAUCAGUUGCCCUCAACUUACCGGAAACAACUUCACAAACCUUUGCUGUACAAAAGGAUAUAUUGUCUUGUCCAAUAUGUUUUGAACCUUUGAUAAGGAAAGGUCCCCCAGGCCUGAACUUGGAAGCAAUUUACAGGUCUGGCUUUAAAUGUCGAACGUGCAACAAGUCAUACUCCAGUAAAAACAUUUACUUGGAUCUUACAGUGACAGCAGGCUCAGAGGAGUACGCAGAAAAUAAAUUCUUUGGCACGGAACUAUUUCGGAGUCCAGUUGUGUCUUUUCUGUAUGAACGGGGAUGGCGCCAAAAUUUUAACCGAAGUGGUUUUCCAGGUCCAGAAGAAGAGUUUAGAAUGGCUCAGGAUUACUUCAAACCAGCUGAAGGUGGCCUACUAGUCGAUGUUAGUUGUGGAAGUGGGCUGUUCUCUCGAAAAUUUGCCAAGUGUGGUACCUAUUCUGGUGUGAUUGCCCUUGACUUCUCUGAAAAUAUGCUUCGCCAAUGUUAUGAUUUCACUAAGAAGGAGGAUCCUACUUUAUCCGACACUCUUGCUCUUGUGAGGGCAGAUGUUGCUAGGCUACCAUUCCCGUCAGCUUCAAUUGAUGCCAUUCAUGCUGGCGCUGCCUUACAUUGCUGGCCGUCUGCUUCAAAUGCUAUUGCUGAAAUCACCCGCAUACUGCGAAGUGGUGGCGUUUUUGUGGGAACUACUUUUCUCAGAUACACUUCUUCAACACCUCCACUACUAAGGCCUCUAAGAGAGCGGCUAGUUCAGAGCUACAGUUACCUAACAGAGGAGGAGAUUGAGGAUGUGUGUAAAUCUUGCGGCCUUGUCGACUACUCAUGCAAGAUACAACAAUCAUUCAUCAUGUUCUCUGCUCGGAAGCCCUGAAAUUCCAUCAGCUUUGGACUCAAAGGGCUUUUUCUUGUAACAGGAACAGCAUGGUAUGGCAGUGUGAUCAAUAGCAUGGACUAGUACAGAAAAAAGGUCUUUUAGACAUUUCAUCGUCAUUCUGAUUAAUCAAUAUCAAAAUUACCAAUUAAUCAUUUUCCCUACAUUUGUAUAUAAGUAUUAUCCCCUUCAUAUUUAUUUGAUGGACGACUAAGUUCAAGUAAGUUCCGAUAUGUUUAUACGAGGACGGGGCUCCUAAAUUCACUCAUGUUAUAGAAACAAUCAAAUUCAGGAUAAUAACAUCAUAACGUGACUGUCGAUA